AUGGUCGACCGGUGGAUAGUAGGGUUUUUGAUUCUUGAUUUCCCUUCCAUUUCUACUUUGCAUCCAUCUUCAUUAAUUCGAUCCCUUGGUCUUAUCGGAAAAAGGAUGUUUCCAAAUCGAUGUUUUGGGGGAAACGAUGGUCGACCGGUCUUAUCGAAAAAAGGCAUCUUCUCACUGUCAUUCACCUUCUGUUUCUGGAUGUUUCCAAAUCGAUGUUUUGGGGGAAACGAUGGUCGACCGGUGGAUAGUAGGGUUUUUGAUUCUCGAUUUCCGUUGAUUUCUGCUUUGAAUCCAUCUUCACUAAUUCGAUCCCUAGGUCUUAUCGGAAAAAGGCAUCUUCUCACCGUCACUCAGUAUCUGUUUCUGAUGUUUCCAAAUCGAUGUUUUGGGGGAAAGGAUGGUCGAUGGGUGCAUAGUAGGGUUUUUAAUUCUCGAUUUCCCAUCCAUUUCUGCUUCGCAUCCGUCUUCACUAAUUCGAUCCCUAGGUCUUAUCGGAAAAAGGCAUCUUCUCACCGUCACUCACCUUCUGUUUCUGGAUGUUUCCAAAUUGAUGUUUUGGGGGAAACGAUGGUCGACCGGUGGAUAGUAGGGUUUUUGAUUCUCGAUUUCCCGUCCAUUUCUGCUUUGCAUCCGUCUUCACUAAUUCGAUCCCUAGGUCUUCUCGGAAAAAUGCAUCUUCUCACUGUCACUCACCUUCUGUUUCUGGAUGUUUCCAAAUCGAUGUUUUGGGGGAAACGAUGGUCGACCGGUCUUAUUGGAAAAUGGCAUCUUCUCACCAUCGCUCACCUUCUAUUUCUGGAUGUUUCCAAAUCGAUGUUUUGGGGAAACCAUGGUCGACUAGUGGAUUGUAGGUUUUUUGAUUCUCGAUUUCCCGUCCAUUUCUGCUUUGCAUCCGUCUUCACUAAUUCGAUCCCUAGGUCUUAUCGGACUAAGGCAUCUUCUCACUGUCACUCACCUUCUGUUUCUGGAUGUUUCCAAAUCGAUGUUUUGGGGGAAACGAUGGUCGACCGGUCUUAUCGGAAAAAAGGCAUCUUCUCACCAUCACUCACCAACUGUGUCUGGAUGUUUCCAAAUCGAUGUUUUAAGGGAAACGAUGGUCGACCGAAAAAGGCAUCUUCUCACCGUCACUCACCUUUCUGGAUGUUUCCAAAUCGAUGUUUUGUGGGAAACGAUGGUCGACUGGUGGAUAGUCUUAUCGGAAAAAGGGAUCUUCUCACCGUCACUCAGCUUCUGUUUCUGGAUGUUUCCAAAUCGAUGUUUUGGUUCUUGGAAAGGAACAAAAUUUCAGAUAAUUCAUUUGAAAUUUGCAGGCUGAAAUCUAAAAUAGUGGCAGAGAUGUAUCUGGUGAAGUGGGUUCCACAAGCAUUGCUUAAAAUGCUUGAAGCCCAAAUCCUAAUAUUCCUUGCUGCUCUUUCUUCAAUGAAAAUUUAUGUUCUACUAAAUUGGAAAUUUGAGAACGAAGUCAUGUUUGAUGGUGUUUUGAAUCGGUUAGAAACACAUCCACUGAUGAAAUAUAGGACAACUAGAUAUAGAACUGAGCCCUCAUCAGAAGGAGCUUCAGAGAAAAAAAACUUGAGUUGA